CUCCCAAGUGGGUACUCAAAGGUUUGCAAAACAAAAAUGAAAAGCACUUGGUUUUACUAAAAGAAAAUGAGGGUCCACCCAAGUAAGAUACUUUUUCCUAUAAUUCUCUCCAUAGCUUACCUGCUAUUAUGUCAGGAUACAGAUGCAGCACACAGUAAGCUAACCGGACUGCCUUCCCACAGAUCACGAAGACAAGCCGGGGCACCUAUUCCCAUUGAUUGUCACCUGAGCACGUGGUCACAAUGGACGAUAUGCUUUCCUUGCCAAGGAAAACGAUUCAGAUCAAGGCAACUGGUGCAACCAGCCAAAUACAGAGGGAGUGCCUGUAAUGGUAAUCUUUGGGACAAAGAAGCAUGUAAGCCAAAAGAACCGUGUGUUGCGGAACAAAGCUGUGGAGAUGACUUUCAAUGUCAGGAGACUGGGCGUUGCAUUAAACGUCACCUACUAUGCAAUGGAGAGCCAGACUGUAUGGAUGGGUCUGAUGAGGAUGGUUGUGAUGAUCCUGUAAGUACAUGUGAAAAUCCAGAUCCAGUUCCAGGAAUUGAACAAGUUUCAAGGGGAUUCAAUAUCCUUACACAAAAACCAGCACUGUUCGUCUAUGACCCUAAGUACUUUGGAGGCCAGUGCGAAUCUGUUUACAAUGGAGAAUGGCGAGAGCUGAAGUAUGAUUCGGCAUGUGAGCGUUUGUAUUAUGGGGAUGAUGAGAAAUACUUCCGAAAGCCCUAUAAUGUUCACUUCUAUCACUUUCUAGCUCAGGCUGAUACUGGUGUUUCUUCUGAGUAUUAUGCUGAUUCCACAGACUUACUGGAUGCCAUCAAAAAAGACACCUCUAGAAAUGGUGGUUUUACAGUUGGCAUAGGACUUGCUGAAGUGCCCGUGUCAUUGGAGCUAGGCUUCACUUUAUCAAAGGGUUCAGGGACCCUGAACAAUUUUACACAAUACAAAGAAAAGAAUGUAGGAUUUAUUAGAGUUAAAACCAAAGUGCAAACAGCCCGUUUCAAGAUGAGACGCAAUAAUAUAUAUUUGGAUGAAGACAUGUUACAGUCUCUGAUGGAGCUCCCAGAAGAGUAUAACUAUGGGAUGUACAGCAGUUUUAUUUAUGAUUAUGGCACCCAUUUCAUGACAUCUGGAACCAUUGGAGGCAUCUUUGAAUAUAUCCUUGUUGUGAACAAAGACAAAAUGAGGAGCUCAGAUAUUAAAACGGAUUAUGUAAAUAGCUGUUUUGGGGCAUCGAUUGGCCUUAGCUUUCCAUUUCAAGAAACUUUGGAGAUAAAUGCCAAGGUGAACUUCAAUAAAUGUGCCAUAGAAGGAGGCAUGGCUGAAGAUCCCAAUGACAAAAAAUCAGUAAUAGAAGAUAUUAUUCCCCGGGUUGAAGGUGGAGAUGCCUCAUCCAUUGCCAGGAUCAUGGAAAAUAAGAGCUCCAUAGCAUACCGUUACUGGGGGAGGUCAUUAAAACUUAAUCCCACCGUUAUUGAUUUUGAGCUGCAGCCCAUACAUGAAUUAUUGUCUAGAACAAACCUUGCUAAUAUUGAGACCAAGAGGAAGAACUUGAAAAGGGCUACAUAUCAGUAUUUAAUGGAAUUCAAUACCUGCCGCUGCGGUCCAUGUAAGAACAACGGUGAACCAAUAUUGCUGGGGUCUACCUGUGUUUGUGAGUGCAAGCAGGGCUUCCAAGGCCCAGACUGUGGAGAGACAAAAAGGAGAGGCUAUCCAGUCCAUGGUAGCUGGAGUUGCUGGACUCCAUGGGCAGCUUGUCAAGCUGGAUCUAGAAGCCGCACAAGACAGUGUGCAAACCCAGCUCCUGAAAAUGGUGGAACAGCAUGUCCAGGCAGGAAUAUCCAGACAGAGACAUGUUAAUAGUUGCUGUGAGUGAAUUAAUGGGUUGUGCUGCCAGGCAGGAAAAUGUUGGGACUUCUGAUGCAAAUGGAGUCAAAACAAAUGGGCCAUAAAUGCUUCCUUACAUUUAGGACAGUGGAAACUCCUAGUAACAAGAAUAUAAAGAAAAAGAAAUGGAAAGGGCUAUUAGCAAAGGGCUUAGUUGCAUAAGAAUGGUAACUAUAGUAAUUAUUUUUGUUGAAUGCAGAAGUCCAUCAUAAGUAAGAUAUUUUUGCUUGGCAAAAAAAUUUAAAGGAAAAGAACUUGCAAUAUUGCUGGUCCUAUAAUAUUACUUACUGACAUAUUAGGACUAUACAGAGAAUUCCUCUUCAUGUGGAUACCUAGUGUAUGAUGCAAAACAGAACAUGCUUCCUUCCCAGAAUUUCUAAUUUACUACCGUGGCAACAAAAAUAUUUUUUCUGCCUACUGGAGAAAUUCGUUCCCAAAGUAAUUAUGAAACAAUUGGGUCCAAAAUUAUGAAGAUUCUUCUUCUCACCAUCAUGUAAGGAUAUUUUUCUGAAGCUACAAGUCUUGAGAGCUGAUAAUUUACAAUACAGCCUUUUUUCUUCAGAUAAACAAAUUUCUAAACCAAAACAGUCCUCUUGGUGCAACUAAGAUGAUAAAUUACCUCUGGAUAUAAAUCAUCUAUAUAUUCUGUCACUUAGGUAGCCUCAGCUUUUUAAACAACAGCAAUAGUAAUAAUACUUUGGUUUAAUGCUUUUGAAACUCUAGGAGUCAUAAAAACCACAUCCAUGCAUCAGAAUUCAAAGCAACUGUCAAAUCAAAGCACGCCUAUUAAUUCACAGAUCCAGCUCUGAAAUAUUGGGGGAAGCAAGGCAUUUCUUUAACCAUAAAAAAUCUAUCCAAACUGUUAGAAACCAAAUUAAAUAAAAGCAUUUUGGAAAACCA